AUGAGAGGAUGUCUGUGCUCGCUGAAGCGGCCAUUCAGGGGUCAGAGGAGCAUUUUGUCCCAGAAUGCAGUGCAGAUGGGCGGUACAGAGCCGUUCAGUGCCACAGCAGCACAGGAUACUGCUAGUGCGUGAGAGUGGACUCAGGACGGCCCGUGCCGGGCACUUCAGCCAGGAACCAACUACCUGACUGCAGCGCUCAGGAAACACACACACUCAUCAUCAACAACAGCUACACACAAACGCCUCGCUCAGGUUGUCCCAGUGUACGAAAGUAAGGCUUUCUGAAGAGUUUAAUGCAAGGAUUUCAGCAGGAGGUUGAAAACGAGGCUCCAUCUUCUGCUUACAGGACCCCUGAGGCUCGUCCUCAUGUCCUCACCUCUCCAGCCUCUUUCUCGUCUGUUCAAACUCUCCAUCGGUACUUUGCGUGGCUGCACGCAGACACCGAUGGGCUUCUGAGCGAGCGUGAAAUCCUGCUCCGCAGAACUCUGCGUCCUCGCCGCUGUGCCAAGAAGCUCAUGCAGUUCUGUGACCGGAAUGCAGACCGCCGCCUAAGCUCUCAAGAACUCACUUCCUGUCUUGGCAUUUAAGGCCAAACUCCAUAAAUAUUGUGCAGGAUGAAGUAUCUUUGGAAAUCAUUUCAGACUUCAGUUUGACCUUCAUCUCUCCACAGCUCUUUUGAGUCUCAGACUGCAGCGUUCAAUCACUUCACUCUGGGUUUUUGAAUCUAUUUCAGCUCUCGCCGGCACUCUGACCUUUUCACUUAUGCAAGACGCAACACUUUGCCUUUCAAAUAAAGGACUUGUUAUUGGUUCUGUAGAAAUAACCACGGUUAAGCCUUUCUGACCGCUGGUGUGUGACCAAGUGUGUGUGCGCCUGUAUUUGAGUGGCUGAGAGAGU